UUCUGCGGCUAGGCAUUUUUGACUGUCUUUUCCCCCCUGACUCCGCUUGCAGGUGAUGGCCAUACUGCCUCGGAGGAAGAACUGGCGCUCCAUGGGCAAGGGCCUGGCGCUGGCCAUACUCCUGACCAGCUUCAUGCUGCUGCUCUACUCCUACGCCAUCUCGCCCUUGCAAGUCAGCAUAACCAAGACCCCCAUCCCCUCUGCUUGCUCCUCCUUCCGUGCCCCAGCCCGCCUGCUGUCCUCAUCCAGCGCGAGCCACAGCAUGCCGGGCCACAGGUGCCUCCCCAAGCAGGACAUCAUGUUCAUGAAGACUCACAAGACGGGCAGCAGCACAAUCCUCAACAUCUUCUUACGCUUUGGGGAGAAGCACCGUCUUAAGUUUGCCUUUCCCAAUGGCCGCAACAACUUCUACUACCCAUCCUUCUUUGAGCGCAGCCAGGUGCGGGACUACCACCCGGGCAUGUGCUUCAACAUCAUCUGCAACCACAUGCGCUUCCAGUAUGAGGAGGUGCGCAACCUGCUGCCAGCUGGCGCCACCUUUGUUACUGUGAUGCGGGACCCAGCAUACCUCUUUGAGUCCUCCUUCCACUACUUCAGGCGCCUCAUUCCCUUCACCUGGAAGCUCUCUGGGGAGGACAAGCUGGCUGAGUUCCUGCGGGACCCCUGGCGCUACUACAACCCCAAGGGCUUCAACGCUCACUACCUGCAGAACCUCCUCUUCUUUGACUUGGGGUACGAUAACACCCUGAACCCUAACAGCCCUUGGGUGGAGCAGUCCAUCCAAGAGAUCAACAGACGCUUCAACUUGAUCAUGCUGCUGGAGUACUUUGACGAGUCCCUGGUGCUUCUUAAGGACUUGCUUUGCUGGGAUCUGGAGGAUGUCCUCUACUUCAAACUCAAUGCCCGGAAGGACUCCACGGUAUCACGUUUGACGGACGAGCUCUACCAGAAGGCCACCGCCUGGAACCUCAUCGACGCCAAGCUCUACCGGCACUUUAACGCCACAUUCUGGAGCAAGGUGGAUGCCUACGGAAGGGAACGCAUGGCCAAGGAUGUGGCCCGCCUGCAGGAGGAGAACAAGAAGAUGACCCGCAUCUGCAUUGACGGGGGCCGCCCCGUGGACGCCAACGCCAUCCAGGAGUCCGCCAUGCAGCCCUGGCAGCCCCUGGGUGAGAAGUCCAUCCUGGGCUACAACCUCAAGAAGCACAUCCACAAGAAGCACCGCAAGCUGUGCCGCAAGAUGCUGACCCCCGAGAUCCAGUACCUGACGGACUUAGGAGUUAACCUGUGGAUCCCGAAGCUCUGGAGGCGAGUGCAGAAGUUCCUCAAGUGGUAGGUGUGGGUGGCAGCCCCUCUCCCUUACCCACCACGAGAACUGCCUGGUGCUUAUCCUUCCCA